AUGAUCUUCGGUUCAGCGCUGGUGGUCGUGGUGGCGGCCAUCAACAGCUCUGCCAACCGCUAUCUUCCUGCCAAGCUGAAGUUGUUCGCGCCUUCAGUGGGGUGGUUCAUCAUGAAUGUGUUCAUUGCCCGAGGCCCUCUCGUGUGGUAUGUGUGCUCGUUGGCGAUUCAAGGACUGUUUGCCACGCUGCUCUUCAUGACUCUCGGCUUCAAGAGCGACCUUGUCUCGCGCGUCGUCAUCCUUCCGUUUCUGGUCACGGCGAUGGCGGCCUGGGCGAAGGAGAUUCUGCCUUCGGUUGGGGGGUGGACUACUGUCGCGGUCACCCUCACGCAGCUCUGGAGCAUCCUCGGGGGCAUCAUAAUCCACGCCUGCUAUCCGGCCAACAUUCUACAGGCCCUUGAACGGCAGGACGCGCGCAACCGCCGCGUCCGUGCGGUUGCUCGCACGCUGGUUCGAAAGAAAGAUAAGUCUGUCGAUGUGUGCAUGGUGCCAUCACUGGAUGGAACGGCCGAACUGCAGACGCUCGCGGUAAAGCAGGCGUAUGAGACGUCGCGCUGGAUUGUGUACUGCGGCGGCAACGCGGAGUUCCUGGAGAACAGCCUCAGCGAUAUCCACGUCAUCAGCGACGUUCUCAAGGCACAUGUGAUUCUGUAUAACCCACGCGGCAUCAGCUUCAGCACCGGUUAUCUCUCGCAGCUCGGCGAAUUAGUCGAGGACGCUGCCGCAGUGGCGCGGGCGUACAUUGAGAAGGAGAGGAUCGAUGAGAGAAACCUGCUUUUCUUUGGUCAUAGCAUCGGCGGCGGUACUGCGGCGCAGGUGGUGGCGGAAUGCUACCCGCGUGCGUCCCUCGUGCUGGAUCGGACCUUCUCGUCCAUGUCGGACGCUGCUGUAGGCUUUUCCUAUCUCACCCCCAGCGUCACACGCAAGGUGUUUCCCUGGUUUGUCGGCGACCUUCACACUCUGGCCGGCUGGGACAAUGUCAGGCACAACCGAAAGCUCGUCCUCUACUCGAAGCAAGACGAGGUGAUCAAGUUCGACAUCUCCUCCAUUGCUCGGCUCCCGCAGUUUCAGAAGGAUGGCGCGGACGCCGACAAGGCUGCUGAGCUUUUUGGCGCCCCGCCGUCCCACCACAACAGCCUCUUGAGCGCCUUUGACAACUACGAGGAGGUAUGUGUUCGCAUGAGUAAGAUGUUCUUCAUGUAA